AUGACGAUGUGCCUUUGUAAAAAUCUUUCAUUUUGUCCCAUGAAUGCUGCCAAAUCAACAUGCUCAACAGCACAGGGAAUACAACAACGUUAUCGUCCUGUGGAUACCUUAUCAACAAAACCGGUCACCUAUGAAGCCCCACCACCAUAUGAAAGUUCGCUAGAUGAAGAUCCACAACGAAGAAAUGAUUGGCAUUGUUUAUUAGAAAAUCAAGUUAAUGAUACAAGGCAAGACGGGGCAAUAUUUCAGUGA